GUUCCAUAGUGUGUAGGGGCCUGUGUCCAUAAAGUUCUGUCAAAAAAUGUCAGCAAUGAGGAUGAAAGCAGUAAGGUGUCCUACUGAUGAACUUAGCAUUUCAAAUUGUGCUAUUAUUAAUCCAGAUGACUUUCCAGAUGAUGUGAGGCAUAUUGAAGUCACUACUGCACCUAAUCAUCAUUUUGUAUUUACUGUAAAAAGACAUCAUGAAGUUCCAAGAGGAACUGUGGGUUUUAGUUUACCUCAGAGAAAGUGGGCUACCCUUUCUCUUAAUCAAGAGAUUGAAGUUCGACCUUAUCAUUUCAAUCCUACUUCAAGUACAGAGUGUUUAUGCACUAUUGUAUUGGAAGCUGAUUUCUUACAAAAGAAAUCAACUACUUUGGAACCAUAUAAUACAGAUGAAAUGGCUAAAGAUUUCCUGUUACAAUUUUCGGGGCAGGCAUUCACCGUUGGUCAGCAGUUGGUCUUUCAGUUCAAAGAUAAAAAAAUGCUUGGUCUUGUAGUGAAAAGCUUGGAAGCUGCUGAUCUUUCUGCUAUAAGUUCUGGACAAAAUACAGUACCCAAAAAAACUCAAAUGGGACGUUGUUUGGGUGAUACUGUUAUACAAUUUGAAAAAGCAGAGAACUCGAGUUUGAAUCUUGUUGGUAAAGCAAAGGGAAAGGUCGUUCGGCAAUCAAUUAUAAAUCCAGAUUGGGACUUCCAAAAAAUGGGAAUUGGUGGAUUAGAUAAAGAAUUCAGUGCAAUCUUUCGAAGAGCAUUUGCAUCAAGAGUUUUCCCACCAGAAAUUGUUACUCAAUUAGGUUGUAAGCAUGUGAAAGGAAUUUUACUUUAUGGUCCACCAGGUACUGGUAAAACGUUAAUGGCACGACAGAUAGGAACUAUGUUGAAUGCUAGAGAACCUAAAAUCGUCAAUGGCCCUCAGAUUUUGGAUAAAUAUGUUGGUGAAAGUGAAGCCAAUAUUAGAAGGUUAUUUGCUGAUGCUGAAGACGAAGAAAAAAGGCUUGGGCCAAACAGCGGAUUGCAUAUAAUUAUUUUUGACGAAAUCGAUGCUAUUUGUAAAUCUCGAGGUAGUGUCGCAGGCAAUACCGGGGUGCAUGAUACGGUUGUUAAUCAAUUACUUGCAAAAAUUGAUGGUGUAGAACAGUUAAAUAACAUUCUUGUAAUUGGUAUGACUAACAGGAGAGAUAUGAUUGAUGAAGCUUUGUUACGACCUGGUAGAUUAGAGGUGCAAAUGGAAAUCAGUUUACCAGAUGAACAUGGUAGAUUCCAAAUCCUCAAUAUUCAUACUUCCAGAAUGAGGGAUUACAAGAAAAUAUCACCAGAUGUUGAUUUAAAAGAAUUAGCUACUCUAACUAAAAACUUUAGUGGUGCAGAAUUAGAAGGUUUAGUUAGAGCUGCUCAAAGUACUGCAAUGAACAGAUUAAUUAAAGCCUCUAGUAAAGUAGAAGUAGAUCCUGCUGCAAUGGAAAAACUUAUGGUUUCUAGAACUGAUUUUCUUCAUGCCUUGGAAAAUGAUGUUAAACCUGCAUUUGGAACGAGUGCAGAAGCUUUGGAUCAGCUUCUUAUACGUGGAAUCAUCAAUUGGGGAAAACCUGUGGCAGAAAUUUUGUCCGAUGGCAAUUUGUACAUUCAAGAGGCUCGUUCUACCGAAGGUUCUGGCCUUGUAUCAGUUCUCUUAGAAGGACCACCAAAUAGCGGAAAGACAGCUCUUGCUGCUCAAAUAGCUAAAAAUUCCGAUUUUCCAUUUGUCAAAGUAUGUACACCAGAAGAUAUGGUUGGUUUCACAGAAUCUGCAAAAUGUCUAUCAAUCCGAAAGAUAUUCGACGAUGCAUAUCGUUCGCAACUUAGCUGCAUUUUAGUUGAUAAUAUUGAGCGUUUGCUGGAUUAUGGUCCUAUAGGACCAAGGUAUUCCAACUUGACUUUGCAAGCGCUUUUAGUUUUAUUGAAGAAACAACCUCCUCGUGGUCGCAAAUUAUUAAUACUUUGUACUACCAGCCGCAGGCAAGUUUUGGAUGAUAUGGAAAUGUUAUCAGCAUUCAGUACAACUCUUCAUGUACCUAAUUUGUCAACCCCUGAUCAUUUAUUGAGUGUUUUAGAAGAAGUAGAUCUUUUCACUAAAGAAGAAACAGCAUCUUUGCAUGCCAAACUUCAAGGAAAACGAGUAUUUAUUGGAAUAAAGAAAUUGUUGGGUCUAAUAGAUAUGGCACGACAAGUAGAACCAAGUUACAGAGUUCCAAAAUUCCUUUCAAAGCUAGAGGAAGAGGGCGGAUUAGAAUAAUAAGUAUUUAAAAGAGUAAUUAUUUAUGUAGAAAUGAAGUAGAUGUCAUUUACUAAACAAUAACAUAUAGUACACGAGUAAUAAACUGAUUUGCAUAUUAAAUAUAAAUCAGUUUAAGAAAAUGAAAUAGAAUUGUUGCUGUAAACUGCUACAUGUAUAAUGUCAUACAAAAACAUAAGCGAAGCAUUUAAAUUAUUUACAAAUAUUAUAUUUAGAUUUUCUGAAAAUUGCAUUUCUAGUUGUUUUUUUGAUAACUUCACCGUGUAUACAGUAUUUAUUAUUGUUUUGAUUAUACGAUACCCUGUUAUGUAGUUUUAGGUGAUAAUUUGUUAUACAUUUGAAAUGUUGGAAAGAAUUUUAUAAGUUCAAGAGAAAUUAUAUGAAAAAUGUACAAACAAAAUGUAAAAAAGCAAUUAUAAUAGUCAGAAAAGUUUAAAUUUCUGUUAGAUGGUAAUAACAGUAAAUAUUUAUAAUAUAUUUUUACAUAAACUAGAAAUUAUUUGUUUUGCUAUGAGAGCUUUGCAAACAUAACUUAUACAGAGUAAUCAUCUUGCUGGGAGACACAAAUCAAGUCUACUAAAAGUAUUAUUCGACUACUCUUUUCUUUUUUAAUCUAAGCUUUAGAAUACCUCGAACACAAAAUAUAGUCGACUCUGUUACGAUAGUGAUUAUUAACACAGGACAAUUUCAGCCUUCUAUGACAUGCGCUUUUCUUGUGUCUUCUAGUAAAAGAAUUACACUGUAUAUAUUUAAAGCAAUACUAUACAGAAAAUUGAUGACAUAUAUUAUUAUAUCUACAUAAAAGUUAAAUUAUUUCUACAUUUCUAUAAAAAUUGCUUCCUUUAAUUUUAAUUUACUAUUGUAUUCUACAGUAAAAUAAGUUUAUUCCAUACUGAUAACGCAGUCUUUCAACUGGUUUCGUAAUUACAAAUACUUAGUUAUUACUAAAAUUUAUAUUAUUAUAUAUAGUAUAUACAUGCAUCUUUAUGCCUCUAUUUGUAUGUAGUAUACAUCUAUGUAACUGUUUACUGUGUGUCUAAUACUAUUUGAAAAUUUUAUUGCAAUCUCGUUGUAAAUGUAUAUAUGUAUUUCGGUUGUUUAACGUUUUAGUGACAAUAUCAGCAAUACCUGCUAUAGGUAUUUUUGAAGAAUCUUAUUGUAAAACCAU